CACUGCAGCAAAAGUAGUCGAGAGAGAGACCAGUCGAGAUGUGUGGAAUCGCUUUGAUUAUUUUGGGCGUUCGGCUUGACCUUUCCUCCCCCAUUGACGAUUCCACACCUCACUCUCUUAACUCUCACCAGCAACUGGUUUUUGAUAUUGAUGAUCUUGAAGCUGCUUUACGUAGGAGAGGACCUGAUAGCUUAGGCACCCGGAAGCUCUUUCUUCAACCAAGGAUUUCGUCCUCGGAAAACCCUGAAAUCGUAUCUUUUAUUGAGGGACAAGAGCAGUGUGGUGACGACGAAAGCUUUAGCUUCGCUUUGGCUAAUGAACGAACGGAUAAGCUGCAAAAUGGGUUCACAGUGGUGCACGAUUCUUUUGCAGAGUUACACUUCUUUGGUGCCACUUUGCAACUCAGGGGAAUAAGUCCCAUCGUUCAGCCCUUGAUAGAUUCAUCAGGAAAUGUCCUCGUUUUCAACGGUGAGAUAUUUGGUGGAGUACACAUUGGUAGCGACGAGAAUGACGCGGAAGUUCUAAUGCGAGCUUUGGAGAAAUGCUGCUCCUGCAAUACCCAUUUGGAUAAAAAAGUAUGCCAUUGUGAUCAAAGGGGGAAAUCUUCUGUCAUACAUGUUCUAUCGACAAUUAGGGGACCUUGGGCUGUUAUCUAUUGGCAGGAUAGUUCUAGAACUCUGUGGUUUGGUCGAGAUGCAUUUGGUAGACGAAGUCUGCUUGUUCACUGGCCGACAGUGGAGGAUUCUCGGUUUAUGCUUUCUUCUGUGUCACCCAUAUCUUCUGCUGAAAAGAAUUCUGCUCAACUAGAGAAUUGUAAUAAAUUCGCUGCAGAUUUAGACAUUGACCAUGGGACUACUAGUCAUAGAUUCUGGGAAGAACUUCCAUGUGGUAUCUAUAGCCUGAAUGUAGAUGCUUCAAAUAUUGAUGGGUGUUUGGUUGCUCAAGUAAAAAAGCAUGAAUGGACUGAUGCACUACUAGAGCAGUUGAUACAAUGGGAGAGAAUGUAUGUUGAACCCGUACUUGUGGAGGUACAUACUUCUCGUUGUAAGAUUGUUGUGGCGCAAGAUAGCACACAGUCAGCUCACUCUAAUAUAUUGCCGCCUGAAUUAGGACCUAUACAAGCUUCAAUUUCGGUUCCAGCAGCGACUGUGCUUUGUUCUUUAAGAGAAUCAGUUAGGCGACGCUCUUCUUUGCAUACAAUAUUUCAGGCAGAUACUUGUGGUGUGGAAACGCAACUCAUUCCAGUGGCUGUUCUCUUCUCUGGUGGAUUAGAUUCCAUGAUACUUGCAGCAUUGUUGAAUGAGUGCUUAGAUCCUAGAUAUGAGAUUGACUUACUUAAUGUGAGUUUUGAUGGGGAGUCUGCCCCUGAUAGGGUUUCUGCUAAGGCCGGGGUAACUGAAUUAAGAAGAAUUGCACCUUCAAGAAAGUGGAAACUUGUCGAGAUCGAUUCUGAUUUGUCAACCUUGACCUUCGAAACAAAGCAUGUUAUGUCUCUCAUAAGUCCUUCAAACACAUACAUGGAUCUGAAUAUAGGAAUAGCUUUAUGGCUAGCAGCUGGUGGUGAUGGAUGGGUGUAUGAGAAUUAUGAACUUGUUAGAUACAGGUCAAAAGCUAGGAUUCUCCUAGUUGGUUCAGGUGCGGAUGAGCAAUGUGCUGGCUAUGGAAGGCACAGGACAAAAUAUAGAAAUGCAAGUUGGCUUGGACUGAAUGAGGAAAUGAAGUUGGAUAUGCAGAGAAUUUGGAAAAGAAACCUAGGAAGAGACGAUAGAUGUAUUGCUGAUAAUGGGAAGGAGGCGAGAUUUCCCUUCUUGGAUGAAGAUGUUAUAAAAGUUUUACUGGAUAUCCCUCUAUGGGAAGUUACUGACCUUAAUCAACCUAGCGGAGUUGGUGAUAAGAAGAUUUUGAGAGAGGUUGCAAAACUGCUUGGAUUACACGAAGCUGCAUCUCUGCCUAAAAGAGCUAUUCAGUUUGGUACAAGAAUUGCAAGGGAAUCAAAUCGAAAAAACUUUGGAAGUAACCGCGCAGCAAAUCAAGCAUCUGCUGGUAGUGUAGUGAUUCAUGCGAAAUCGAUCUUGAAUUAAUUGCAUACUAUGGCGAAUCAAAUUCAACAGAUUCCUUUCCUCUUCCCUUCAUCAAUUUGCCCAAUUGGGCAAUGUUUGUUACGCGGGUUUGAUGACGGGUGGCGAGGACAGUGGCAAUGAGCCAGUACGAAGUAAUUUGUUUGCCAAAGUGGGUGACCUGCAGCUGCUUGUAUGAACCUAGUCUUAAAAACAUUCAAGCUUUUUGAUCCUGUGUUGAUGGCAAAGUUUGUUUGCCACCACAAGCUAGACUAAUGACUAAGCGAUUUACAUUAGUGUCAAUAGACAUUGUACUCGUUCAAUUAAAAUUUUAUAUCAAACGGAUAUUUGCAAUUUUUGACAUUA